UGCAUGUACUCGUGCGUGAGGCGAGUGGAGCCGGAGACGAAACCAGAGGCCGAACUCGGGAUCUGACAAGAUGGCCGGGCUGCCCCGCAGGAUCAUCAAGGAAACCCAGCGUUUGCUGGCAGAACCAGUUCCUGGCAUUAAAGCAGAACCAGAUGAGAGCAACGCCCGUUAUUUUCAUGUGGUCACUGCUGGCCCCCAGGAUUCCCCCUUUGAGGGAGGGACUUUUAAACUUGAACUAUUUCUUCCAGAAGAAUACCCAAUGGCAGCACCUAAAGUACUUUUCAUGACCAAAAUUUAUCAUCCUAAUGUAGACAAGUUGGGAAGAAUAUGUUUAGAUAUAUUGAAAGAUAAGUGGUCCCCAGCACUGCAGAUCCGCACAGUUCUGCUAUCGAUCCAGGCUUUGUUAAGUGCUCCUAAUCCAGAUGAUCCAUUAGCAAAUGAUGUAGCGGAGCAGUGGAAGACCAACGAAGCCCAAGCCAUAGAAACAGCUAGAGCAUGGACUAGGCUAUAUGCCAUGAAUAAUAUUUAAAUCGAUCCGAUCAUCAAGUGUGCAUCACUUCUCCUGUUCUGCCAAGACUUCUUUUUUGUUUGCAUUUAAUG